AUGGAUAAGGAAGAAAAGAAGGAUUUCUCUACCGCUAUCUUGGAUAAGAAGAAAGCCCCUAACAGAUUGAUGGUCGAAGAUGCCACCAAUGAUGAUAACUCUGCUGUUUGCAUGUCUUAAAAGAAGCUCGACGAAUUGGGUAUUUUCAAGGGUGAUGCCGUCCUCUUGAAGGGUAAAAAGCGUCAUGAAACCUUAUGCAUUGCUCUUACUGAUAACACUCUUCCCGAUGAUAAAAUUAGAAUGAACAAGGUUGUCAGAAAGAACCUUCGUGUUCGUUUGGGAGAUAUUGUCUCUGUUAGAGCUGCCGAAGAUGUUCCUAACUUAGAUAAGAUUCAUGUCUUACCCUUGGAUGACACAAUUGAAGGUAUUACUGGUGAUCUCGCCUCUACUUAUUUGAUCCCUUACUUCAAGGAUGCCUACAGACCAGUCAAGAAGGGUGAUUUGUUCAUCGUCAGAGGUGGUUUCAAGUCAGUCGAAUUCAAGGUCGUUGCCACUGAACCCAAGGAAUAUGGUUUGGUUGCUCCCAAUACUAUGCUCUUCACUGAAGGUGAACCCAUUAAGAGAGAAGAUGAAGAAAAGUUAGACGAUGUUGGUUAUGAUGAUAUUGGUGGUUGCAGAAAGUAAAUGGCUCAAAUCAGAGAAAUGAUUGAAUUACCUCUCAGACAUCCUCAAUUGUUCAAGACUCUCGGUGUUAAGCCCCCCAGAGGUGUCCUCUUAUUCGGUCCUCCUGGUUCUGGUAAGACUCUUAUUGCUAGAGCUGUUGCCAAUGAAACUGGUGCUUUCUUCUUCUUGAUCAACGGUCCCGAAAUUAUGAGUAAGAUGGCUGGUGAAGCUGAAGGUAACUUGAGAAAAGCCUUUGAGGAAGCUGAAAAAAAUUCUCCUGCUAUCAUCUUUAUUGAUGAACUCGAUUCUAUUGCUCCUAAGAGAGAUAAGGUUAGUGGUGAAGUAGAAAGAAGAGUUGUCUCUCAAUUACUUACAUUGAUGGACGGUUUGAAGGGUAGAGGUCACGUUAUUGUUAUUGCUGCUACCAACAGACCCAACAGUUUGGACCCCGCCUUGAGAAGAUUCGGUCGUUUCGAUAGAGAAAUUGAUAUUGGUGUUCCUGAUGAAAUUGGUAGAAUGGAAAUCUUAAGAAUCCACACCAAGAAUAUGAAGCUCGAUGAAGAUGUUGACUUGAGUUUAAUUGCCAAGGAUACUCACGGUUUCGUCGGUGCUGAUGUUGCUGCCUUAUGUACUGAAGCUGCCCUCCAAUGUAUCAGAGAAAAGAUGGAUUUAAUCGAUAUCGAAAGUGAUAAGAUUGAUGCUGAAGUCUUAAACGCUAUGGCUGUUACCCAAGAACAUUUCAAGUUCGCUUAAGGUCAAAUUAACCCUGCUUCCUUGAGAGAAACUGUCGUUGAAGUUCCCAACGUUAAGUGGGACGAUAUUGGUGGUCUCGAAGAAACCAAGAAGCAACUCUAAGAAAUGAUCUUGUUCCCUAUUGAACAUCCUGAAAAGUUCCACAAGUUUGGUAUGUAACCUUCCAAGGGUGUCCUCUUCUACGGACCUCCUGGUUGCGGUAAGACCCUUCUUGCCAAGGCUGUUGCCAACGAAUGCUCUGCUAACUUUAUUUCUAUCAAGGGUCCUGAACUCCUUACUAUGUGGUUCGGUGAGUCCGAAGCCAACGUCAGAGAAGUCUUUGAUAAGGCUAGAGCUGCUGCCCCUUGUGUCCUCUUCUUUGAUGAACUCGAUUCCGUUGCAGUUCAAAGAGGUUCUGGCUAAGGUGAUGCUGGUGGUGCUGGUGAUAGAGUUAUCAACCAAUUAUUGACUGAAAUGGAUGGUGUCAAUGCCAAGAAAAAUAUAUUCUUCAUUGGUGCUACCAAUAGACCUGAAAUUUUGGAUGAAGCCAUCAUUCGUCCUGGUCGUUUGGAUUAAUUGAUCUACAUUCCUUUACCUGAUCAACCCUCCAGAUACGGUAUCUUGAAGGCCAACUUAAGAAAGACUCCUAUUGCUAAGGAUGUUGAUUUGAACUUCAUUGCCUCUAUUACUGACGGUUUCUCUGGUGCCGAUAUUACUGAAAUCUGCCAAAAGGCUGCCAAGUCUGCUGUCAGAGACUGUAUUGAAGCUGAAGCCAGACUCAAGAUGGCUGCUUAAAUGAACCCUAACUAAUAAGUCAAUAUUGCCAGCUACGAUCCUGUUCCUGAAAUUACUCGUAAGCACUUCGAAGAAGCCCUCAGAGGUGCCAGAAAGUCCGUUACUGCAAUUGACUUGAACAAAUUUGAAUAAUUCAAGAAGAAAUUCGAUCCUAGCUUUGCUAACUCUUCUGCUGGUCAAUCUGGUCCUAAGAUCAACUGGCCUUCUUCUAACUCAAGUGUAUUAAAUAAUAAUAGCCAAAUGAAGAAUGAAGAUGAAGACCUUUACUCUUGA